CCGAUGUCCGCUGAAAAAAAUCUGCGAUCUCAACAGAGAGACACGCCGGCAGCAACAGCUAGCCAGCGAUGGCGCCGCCCGCCGUCGCCGCGUCGGCAUUCCCUUUCCGCCUCUUCUCCGCGGAGGCGCGCCGGAACAAUAAGAGCGGCCGAGGCAAGCGGAGCGCCGCCAGGCCGCUCAAGUCCUCGCCCCCACCUCGCCCUCCCUCCUCCUCUUCCGUCAUAGGCGGCGGCGUCGCGGCCACCACGUUCACGCGGCUCCCACUCCGCGAUGCGCCAGAGUCCACCGAGGUCACGCUCGACCGCUUCCCCACCGCCCCGGCCAACCCGGGGGCGCCCGCUCUCACGCUCGGGAGUGUCCAACGGCUGGAGAACGAGGAGUUCGAUGUUGGGUGGAGGCCCAACUCUGUCGCGCGGAUCCCUCUGCGGGACUCGUCGGACGGUGUGGAGCUCACCAUUGGCCAGUUCGAGGCCCGCGCGGCCGGCAGGAAGAGCACUGGCGGUCGCGGGUUUACGCGGCAAACGGUCGAACGCCUUGGCGACGACGGUGAGGGGGAGGAGCUCGUAGUCACCAGCCUCGAUGUGUUCGAGGUCAAAAACGGCAGGAGAGAUCGUGGUCUUGUUCCCGAAGUGCUCGACGACGGCGACGACGUCGUGGUGUUCGACCCGGACUACGGCGUCGACAGCGACGACGAGGAGGAGGAGUUCGAGAUGUUCCCGUUCGACAAAAGUCAUCAUGAAGAAGCUGAUGCCGUUCCACGCGCGGAGAUCGGUGAGGUAGAGUAUGGCGACGAGAAUGAUGACAACGACGGUGACGAGGUUGUAGUGUUCUACGCAGACUACGACGAGGAGGAGGACUCUGAGGAAGACGGCUACGAGGUUGAGAACGCGGAGGAAGGGGAAGGUGAUGUGAAGGAGAAGGGAGUGCCGGCAGUGAUGCGGUGUUUCGACACCGCCAAGAUAUUCGCCAAGGCCGGGGACGGCGGGAACGGCGUGGUUGCGUUCCGCCGCGAGAAGUACGUGCCGUACGGGGGGCCGUCAGGCGGCGACGGAGGCCGCGGGGGCGACGUGUACGUGCAGGUGGACGGGGAGAUGAACUCGCUGCUGCCGUUCCGCAAGUCCGUGCACUUCCGCGCCGGCCGUGGUGCGCACGGCAUGGGCCAGCAGCAGGCCGGGGCCAAGGGCGAGGACGUCGUUGUGAAGGUGCCGCCGGGGACGGUGGUGCGGACCUCAGAUGGAGGCGUGGAGCUUCUUGAACUGAUGAAGCCCGGGCAGCGCGCGCUGCUGCUCCCCGGUGGCCGCGGCGGCCGGGGCAAUGCGGCGUUCAAGUCCGGGACGAAUAAGGUGCCCAGGAUCGCAGAGAAGGGGGAGAAAGGCCCAGAAAUGUGGCUAGAGUUGGAGCUGAAGUUAGUCGCCGAUGUAGGGAUUGUAGGUGCUCCAAAUGCUGGGAAGAGCACUCUCUUGAGCGUUAUUAGUGCUGCCAAGCCAGCUAUAGCCAAUUAUCCUUUUACCACAUUGCUACCGAACCUUGGCGUGGUCUCAUUAGAUUUUGAUGCUACAAUGGUAGUUGCUGACCUUCCUGGCUUACUGGAAGGCGCUCAUCGUGGUUAUGGUUUGGGUCAUGAGUUCCUAAGGCAUAGUGAGCGAUGCUCUGUAUUGGUAUGUUCACUUUUCCCUUCUUUACUCUAAUCUUAAUAUAUGAGUCAAAUUCCAU